ACAGGGUGUUUUUUCCCUGCCCUAAUGAUGUAAGAGUUGUGUUGUGCCACUAGCAGGUGCAUUUCAGAGAGCAAGGAUUUUAGCUGAGACACAGGUAGAAUCUACCUAAUCUCUUUAGCCAGAACAUACUUAUGGCAAACAGACAGAAUGAGGCUCCUCCCCCUUAUGACUAUGCAGUGAAUCCGAACGCUCCCCAGCCUUUAUAUCCUGGUGUUCAGGCCACCCAAAGCCAACCGUACUACAUCCCUCAGCAAAUACCUCACACACCUGCUCCUUAUGUGAUUCAGACAGUCCCCUCACAGGCCGGACGAGUUCAAUCGACAAGAAACAAAAAGUGUUGUUAUGGAGGAAGUGGUGGCACUGCCAUCUUGGUGACACUGGUUGUAAUUGCAGUCGGAGUUGGAAUACGUUAUGGACCGUCACUGUGGGCUUUUGCAGGAAAUAAACAAGAACCAGACACAUGCCCCUCAUCAGCAGUCAAUUGUGAUGGGAAGAAAGACUGUUCUAAGGGCAGUGAUGAAAGUGUCUGUGUGAGGUUUGGAACAGGAAAUGAGUUGCAGGUCAUGACCUCUAAGACUGGAAGCUUCCUUCCUGUCUGUGGAGAUGGCUGGAGUGCAAGCAUAGGUGACCAAACAUGCAAACAGCUUGGCUUUAAACAGAGUUAUCAAAAUACUGUCUUGCAAACCAGUGCGUCCUCCUUUCAAAGUGUGACCAAUGGCCAGUUUUCCAACACUAUCCAGAGCAGUGUUCAGACCAGCACAUCCUGUCCUAGUCAGAAGACCGUGUCGUUGCAGUGUAGCGACUGUGGAAGGCCACCAACUAACACAAAGAUUAUAGGGGGAACUCCAGCUGCCGAGGGUCAGUGGCCAUGGCAGGCCAGCCUUCAUUUCAAAAGGUCUCAUACAUGCGGAGGAUCUCUAGUGGCUCCAGAUAUUAUACUUACAGCUGCUCACUGCUUCCCAAAAGAAUCUCCUGACUCUUUGGUGCUUAGUAACUGGAAAGUGUUCAUUGGAAUGGUGUCCCAGCUUAAACUUCCCAGCCCAUAUUAUGUCAAACAAAUCAUCAUAAAUGAAAAGUACAACUCAGACACAAAAGACUAUGACAUUGCUUUGCUGAAACUUGAGACAUCUGUCAGUAAUAUACAACCUGUCUGCCUCCCUGUGACUGGCCAGACUUUUCCUUCUGGUACACAGUGUUGGACUACAGGUUUUGGAGUUACCCAGGAAGGGAGUGCUUCAAGUUCAACUUAUUUGAUGGAAGUCGCAGUCAGCUUGAUUGAUUCAACUACGUGCAACGCACAAGGCGUUUACAGUGGAGCUAUCACUGGAAAUAUGCAGUGUGCAGGAUAUAUUUCAGGAGGAAAAGACUCGUGCCAGGGGGACAGUGGGGGUCCGUUGGUGUGUAAGGCUGAUAGUGGUCGUUGGUAUCUCACAGGUAUAACAAGUUGGGGAGAAGGAUGUGGAAGGAGAAACCGUCCAGGUAUCUACAGUAACGUAGAGCGCCUUUUACCCUGGACACUUAGCAAGAUGCAGCAAGUACAAGGAUGAACUUCUACGAUCAUGAAGAGCAAAGCACAUUGCACAUUGCCGUAUACACCUCACAAAUCAUUAAACAAAUCUUUAUUAUUAUUGCUAAAGAGCAAGUAAAUGCAAAAAUGAAAAUAUUCACCUUUAUGCCAUGUCAAACCCAUAUGACAUUUAUGCAUGGUUAAGAGUGACAUGAGAGUGAAUAAAUUAUGAAAUAAAUGUUUUAUUUAAUUAUUAUUUUAUGUUUUAUUUUGUUUUUUAUUUAAACUGUCUAAAUAAACUGCUUUCAUUCA